AAGUAAUUGAUGAAUGAGUCCCUGACUUUACGUACGCUUGAAAUGUUUUUUUACACAGUAGAACCUCACCAACCUUUGACAAAACGUCAAAAAAUUACCAGGCAUCAAGUGGAAGAACUUGAAGACGAUGAAGAUGAAGCAGAUGUUUCUUACCAAAAAAUAAAGCUAAAAGGGUUUAAUGCGUCCCGGAGGAAAGUAACGAAAACUUAUGAAAAAAUGAUUAAUGCAGUGUCUAGGAGUGUGCAAGGAAGAUUUGAAGAGUUCCGAGAAAGUGUGGUGUUUAAAAAUCUGCCAGUCAUAUUGGACUUUGCAAUGUGGCCCAAGGACGACGAAGCACUUAAGCGGUAUGGCGACAAGGCAAUUUUAGAACUGAAAGAGUUUUACCCCGCUUUACUUGUUCAGAAUGGAUGCAACAUUGACAAAGUCGUCUCAGAAUGGAAUCGUUUGAAGGUUUGAAUAGUAAAUGC